AUGAGUAAGGACAGUGAAGAUUAUCAAAAUGAUGAAAAGAUGUUAGAAGAAUAUAAUAAAUUAAUUGAAAACAAUGGCACAGACUCACAACUAUUUGCAAAACGAGGGAUGUGUUAUUACUCACUUGGAAAAUAUAUGGAAGCAUUUACUGAUGGAGUUACUUCAGCACGACUGAACCCUAAUAUAACUGAUGGAUUAAAACCAAUAGCAUUGUCAUUAAUCAAAAUGGAAAAGUAUCAAGAAGCAAGAAGAGUAAUUGAAAAAGCAAUGUCAAUGGAAGAAACAAAUGAAUAUUGGAAAAAAUUACAUUUAGAGGUAUUAGAAAAAGAUACAAUUCAAUUUGACCCAAUGCAUGUCUUUGAUAAUUGGGAAGAAAAGUUAAUGUCAAAUGAACGUACAAAGAAGUAUUUAAAAGAUGAAAGUUUCAAAGAAUAUUUAAGUGAUUAUGUAAAUAAUCCAAUGUUAUUUAAAAGUGGUGUAAAAGAUCCAAAAAUUUCAGAGUGUUUAAUGGUAUUAAUGGGCGUUGAUAUGAAUCAAUUUUUAAAUGUACAAAACACUAAAUCAUUAUGGAGUGAAGCAAUUACUAAGGACAAACAAAGAGAAUUAAAAAAAGAAAUGAAUGAAAAAGGAAUAGAUGUUAAUAACGAUAAGAAUGAAUCGUCUCAAGAAGUAAAAGAAUUUCUUAAUAAUGUUACCAAGAAAAAAUCAAAACCAUUUAUUCCACCAAAAAAUAAUGAAGAACGUAUUAUUGAAGCGGAAAAAGAAAAAGAAAAAGGAAAUGAAUACUAUAAACAAAAAAUGUUUCAAGAAGCAAUUGAAUGUUAUAAUCAUGCAAUGAUGUUAGACAAAACAAACAUUAUAUAUCAAUUAAAUAAAUCAGCUGUUUAUUAUGAAAUGAAACAAUGGAGAUUUGUAAUUCAAAUUUGUAGUAAUUUAAUUAAUAAAAUUACUGAUCAAAAAAGGCAUGGAAGAAUUGCUUUAAGAUUAGCAAAUGCAUAUUUAGAAGUAAAAGAAUUAGAAAAUGCUGAAAAGUAUUUUGAUAUUGCAAUAAAAGAUGGAAUAAAUGAAGCUAAAAUAAAAUAUGAAGAAGUUAAAAUAUUAAUUGAACAAGAACAAGAAAGAAAAAUACUUAAAGGACCAACAAUGAAUUCAGACAUUGAAAGAUAUUUAAUGCAUGAUGAAGUUCGUGAAAUUAUUAGAUUAAUUAAUAAAGAUCCAAAUAAUUUAAAAAAGUUAAGAAAAGAGCCCAAAUAUCGACAGUAUAUAGAAAAAAUGAUUCAAUUAGGAAUAUUACAAUCACAAACAUAA